UCUGUAAUGUGUUUUUCUACUGUAGUAAACUUUUUUCACUAAACACCCUUUUCACAUUGACUUUGCUAACCUAUUAGAUCACAUCGCUUCUCCUCUUGAAAACCUGUAUUGACAGUUAGAUUAGGUCUUCUGUAGCCUAAGGUAUAGGUUAAGGAGGACCGAAUGCCUUAAUGCCUUGUUUACACAUCACCCAAGCUCCCACUGCCCCUGAAAUGUUGUUUGAAUCAAUGGGGGAACAGCCUCUAGUGUAGGGAGAAUAUAUAGAAAACAUUUACAUGUAGAAAAAAAUCAUUUUGGUGAUUUGCUUACCAAAGCAGAACAGAAAGAACAAUAAACUUAAGUUAGUCCAAAAUGAUGAUCAUUGAUAAUGCCCCUGGCUGAAUUUGGAUCAAUUAGGGUCUGGCAGACGUGCAGAAUCAUGACCGACCCCCAGGGCUUAAAGAACCCAAUUCAAUUUUCCUCAACAAAUGUAAUACCAUUAGGCUGGAUAAAAACAGGCAACUCACAAGGGAGGAGUCUUUUAAAAAGCAAAGAGGUGGACGAGGUCGGAAGAGACGUAACGGUUGUUCAGAGGAAAGAGGACACCAAUAGAGGAUCUCACCAGAUAAAUAGAAAAUAAGAAGUACAGAUGCUCCACAGAAGGUCAAACUUUGUCUAACAUUACAGACGGAGAGGACAGAACACAGGAAGAAAUAGUGUCUCUUCACUGUCAUAUGAGGCCUGAAAUCAAACAAGACAAAUGCGAGUGUAUUAGUCUGGAGAAUCACGUCUUUUUUACAGCAAGACUGGAGAAAAAGUUCCCUCGCAGUUUGUUUUUCAACUUAAACUUCAGUUCAACUUUGGCAAGAGAAGUAAGGAAAAGAAAAAGAUCUUGAAGAAAAAACUUGAAAGGAUCUGUCCACCAGCAUGAGGAUCUUCAGCAAAGACGUCCGCCUUCAGGACAUCACCAUCAUGUAUUUCACUGGCCUGGCUGCCCUGAUGGUCAUCCUAGUGGCUUCGUAUCAGGCGCCCUCCAACGCCAUCGACGUGUCCAGCCUAAAGCCGAGCCCUUCCAGUUCUCUGCCACCUCUCCCCAUGCCUUUCCAUAUGCCUUUGGACCCACUUGGAAACCUGCAGCUGGCCUGGAACAUCAGCUAUGCCACCCAGGAGAUCUACAUACAGCUGAGGGUUGCAGAGCUCAGACACGGGGUGGUCCUGGGGAUGUCGGACCGCGGUGAACUCACCAACGCAGACCUGGUGGUGCUGUGGGACAAUGGAACAAGGAGCUACUUUGGGGACGCAUGGAGUGACAGCAAAGGCCAUGUAUCACUGGAUAGCCAUCAAGACUACGAGCUGAUUGAAGCUAAACAGAAAGCUGAUGGAUUCUACUUGCUCUUCAAAAGACCAUUUAGUACCUGUGAUCCCAGAGAUUACGUCAUAGAGGAAGGAACCGUGCACAUCAUCUAUGGCUUGUUGGAUCAACCACUUGCCUCUCUUGGAGAUCUGAACCUGUCCAGAAUCCACAUGGGGGUGCAGAGAGUGUUGAUGCUUCGCCCUGACAUGCUAUCACCCACUCUGCCUCCAGAUGUGAAGACGAUGGAUGUUCUUGCUCCAAACGUCAUCAUACCAAACCAAGAAACUACCUACUGGUGCUUCAUCCAGAAGUUGUCUGAUGAUAUGCCCAAGAACCACAUUGUCAUGUAUGAGUCUGUGAUAACUCCAGGUAACGAAGCCAUCGUGCAUCAUAUCGAAGUGUUUGAGUGUGCACCAGAUCUGCGAGAGGUACCACAGUACAGCGGCUCCUGUGACGACAAGAUGAAACCCAAAAAGCUCAACUUCUGCCGCCAUGUGCUGGCUGCCUGGGCAAUGGGGGCUGAGGCUUUUUACUAUCCCCCUGAUGCAGGCCUGGCCAUAGGUGGACCUGGUUCCUCAAGGUUUCUCCGUUUGGAAGUCCAUUACCACAACCCUCUCCUUAUAUCUGGCAGGCAUGACUCAUCUGGGAUACGACUGCAUUACACUCCCAACCUGAGGCGGUACGAUGCAGGGAUCAUGGAGCUGGGCCUCGUUUACACUCCUGUCAUGGCGAUCCCUCCAAAGCAGCAUACCUUCUAUCUCACUGGGUAUUGCACAUCAAAGUGCACCCGGACUGCUUUGCCUCCAGGAGGCAUCUAUGUAUUUGCCUCACAGUUGCACACCCACCUGGCUGGCCGUGGGGUCAGAACAGUUUUGGUGAGGGGAGGGAAAGAGCUGGAAGUGGUACAGGAAGACCAACACUUCAGUACAGACUACCAGACAAUCCGAGUUCUGAAGAAAAUGAUCAAUAUUUUACCAAGCGACGUCCUUAUAACAAAGUGCACGUACAACACAGAGGACAGGAACAAGCCUACAGUGGGAGGUUUUGGCAUCAUGGAGGAAAUGUGCGUCAAUUAUAUUCAUUACUACCCUCGGACUCAACUGGAGCUCUGCAAGAGCCACGUUGACCCAGGGUACCUGCAGAAAUAUUUUAGCUUCAUUAACAGGUUCCACGGAAAUGACCAGUGUGUGUGUGGCGAUUUUGGUGUGACAGAUCAGUAUGAUCAGCUGCACUGGGAUGAUUUUGCCGGAGAAGUGCUGGACUCUCUUUAUAACACAGCUCCCAUCUCCAUGCACUGCAAUCAGUCCACUGCACGCCUCUUUCCUGGUGAAUGGGAAAAACAGCCCCUACCAGAAGUGAUCUCCAUCCUACCAAAACAUCGCUACCCCUGUGAAGGAGGUGCAGAGUCGUACAGCUGAGCAGAAACAUCUGGAGUAGUUUGAGGACAGGGAGCGGUCAGCAGACCAACAGGAGAUUAAAGAGGAUUAUUAAAUGUGACUUAGUUUGAAUUUAGUUUUAUCUCUACAUUAGCUGAUAAAUAGCAUCCACUGCUUACUGUAAUUAUAUGCCUGUGCAAACACCCACCAGCUGUGUUUAUUAUUAGUGCAUACUAAUUAAGCUAAUAGCAGUGUUAUUCAUGUGUUACAUCUAAUGAAAAUGACAGUGAGAUAUUUUACAUCACAAGUCUGUCAAUAUAAAAACAAAAAACAUAAAAGCUAUCCAAAAAUUAAUAGAAAAACAUUUCUCGCGAUUCUGUUAAAUUACACUAAAGCAUUGUAUUUGUCAUAUAGUUUAAUGUA